AUGUCUCUUUCAUUCGAGGGAAGGGUCGUGCUGAUCACUGGUGCAGGAGGAGGACUUGGAAAAGCCUAUGCUUUAGCUUUUGCUGAAAGAGGCGCCUCAGUUAUAGUUAAUGACCUUGGAGGAGAUAUUAAAGGAGGUGGAAAGAGUUCUGCAGCGGCUGAUAAGGUGGUGGAAGAGAUAAAGGCCAAAGGAGGAAAAGCAGUGGCCAACUACGAUUCUGUUGAAGAUGGAGAAAAGCUAAUUCAAACUGCGCUUGAUGCGUUUGGGAGAAUAGAUGUUGUGGUCAACAAUGCGGGCAUCCUUCGAGACCGGUCGUUCGCCAGGACCAGUGAUGCAGACUGGGAUAUUGUCCACAGAGUACACUUGAGGGGCUCCUUUUUGGUGACCAGAGCAGCUUGGAAUCAUAUGAAAAAACAAAAGUUUGGCAGAAUCAUCAUGACCACUUCUGCUGCGGGGAUCUACGGAAACUUUGGGCAAGCUAACUACAGCGCGGCCAAGCUGGGAAUGCUCGGACUGGCGAAUACUCUGGCCAUUGAAGGGGGAAAAUACAACGUGCAUUGCAACACCAUAGCUCCCGUGGCUGGAUCUCGCCUGACAGAGACCGUGAUGCCUCCAGACCUGCUGGAGAAUCUAAAGCCUGAGUAUGUGGCUCCUCUGGUCCUUUGGCUCAGUCAUGAGGAUUGUCUGGAUAACGGCUCACUGUUCGAGGUUGGUGCAGGAUGGGUUGGAAAAUUGCGUUGGGAGCGAACAAAAGGGGCCAUUGUGAGACAUAAGACCCACCAGAUGAGUCCAGAGGAUGUGAGAGACCAGUGGGACAAGAUCAGUGACUUUACAAAUGCAGAUAAGAUCUCCACAGUUGGAGAGUCGCUCCAAACGUUGGUGGGUGUUCUGUCUGAAGUGGAGUCUGGGGGAGACAUCGGAGCCCCUCCCACCUCUGCAGCUGCCACUUCAGAACACGUAACUGAUUCACCAGUGGGAUACAAAAUGGCUCCGUCACAGUUCACCUACAGUCACACACAGUGCAUCCUCUAUGCUCUGGGGGUGGGCAUGUCCACCAAGGACCCUGACGCUCUCAGGUUUUUGUAUGAGAACCAUCCAGAGUUUAGCUGCCUCCCAACGUUUGGAGUCAUCCUUGCCCAAGAUGCCUUGAUGGGGGGAGGCCUGAGCUCCGUGCCUGGACUCAACUUUGACCCAACGCGGUUGUUGCACGGAGAGCAGUACUUGGAGAUCUUCAAACCACUGCCCACUUCAGGUACCCUGACGGUUCACGCAACUAUAGCUGAUUAUCUGGACAAAGGAUCUGGUGCUGUCCUCCUAUUGGACGUAAACGCCUACAAUGGAAAUGAACUAAUUUGCUUCAACCAGUUUUCAAUCUUCCUGGUUGGAGCUGGAGGUUUUGGCGGAAAGAGGAGCUCGGACAAAGCCAAACCGCUGGUGCUUCCGCCUAAACGUGCUCCAGAUGCUGUGAUGGUCGACGCCACCACCAGAGACCAGGCUGCCUUAUACCGCUUAAGUGGCGACUGGAACCCUCUUCACAUCGACCCGAGUUUUGCAGCGAUGGGAGGUUUCAAGCAGCCAAUCCUCCACGGCCUGUGCUCUUUCGGUUUUGCGGCCAGACAUGUCCUACAGCAGUACGCCAACAACGACCCAGCCAGAUUUAAGGCCAUCAAGGUGCGUUUCCUGAAGCCAGUGCUGCCGGGACAGUCUCUCCAGACAGAGAUGUGGAAGGAGGGCAACCGGAUACACCUCCAAUGCAAAGUGAAGGAGACAAACGACAUUGUUCUCUCCGGCGCCUAUGUGGAUUUACACCCAGCUUUGGACGCUGCACCCGAAAAACUCCCGGAGACAGGAGGGCUGCAGAGCGAGCUGGUGUUCGCGGAGAUUGGCCGGAGGGUUAAAGAUGCGGGCGCCGAGCUGGUCAAAAAGGUCAACGCAGUGUUUGGAUGGGAGAUCACCAAGAACGGGCAGAACGCGGCGCAGUGGACCAUUGAUCUGAAGAGCGGCAGCGGGUCCGUGCACAAAGGGCCCUACAGCGGAAAGGCCGACGUAACCUUCACGGUGUCUGACGACGACUUCAUGAGCGUGGUGCAGGGCAAACUCAACCCCCAGCAGGCGUUCUUCGGGGGUAAGCUGAAGAUCAGAGGAAACAUCAUGCUCAGUCAGAAGCUGGAGGUCAUCCUGAAGGACCACGCCAAGCUCUAA